AUGGACAGCUGCUGCCGUGCACGCCGCCCGGACCUAGGCCUUGCCUUCUUCGGCCGCUUCCUGAGGGCGGGCCUCAAGGCAAACCUGAUCGUCGCCAGCAUCCUACUCAAGUGCCUCUGCCAUGCAAGACGGACAGAUGAGGCUGUCAACAUGCUGCUUCAUAGGAUGUCCGAGUUCAGUUGUGUGCCUGAUGCCAUCUCAUACUCCAUAGUACUUAAGAGCUUAUGUGACAAUAGCAGGAGCCAGCAAGCGCUCGACCUGCUCCAGAUGGUGAGGAAAGAACGAGGUGCCGGCUCCCUCAAUGUGGUGGCAUAUAGCAUAAUCAUACACGGCUUCUUUAAGGAAGGGGAAGUAAGCAAGGCAUGCGAUCUGUUCCAUGAGAUGAUGCAGCAAGGGAUUGUGCCUGAUGUGGUGACAUAUAGCUCGGUUAUUGAUGCCUUGUGCAAGGUCAGGGCAAUGGACAAGGCAAAGCUGGUCCUUCAGCAGAUGGUUAAUAAUGGCGUUCGACCAAAUAUGUAUACUUGGAACUCAUUCAUGUACUCCCUAUGCAAGCAUGGAAGAAGCAAAGAAGCUGCAGAAUUUUUUGACUCCAUGACCGCCAAGGGCCUCAAACCUGAUAUUGUCGUGUACUCUACUCUUCUUCACGGGUAUGCUACCGAAGGAUGCCUCACCGAUAUGAUCAAUCUCUUUAAUUCAAUGGAAGACAAUGGUAUUGUAGCCAACUGCAAAGUUUUCACCAUAUUAAUUGAUGGAUAUGCUAAAUGUGGAAUGAUAGAUGAAGCUAUGCUCAUCUUUACCAAAAUGCGAGAACAAGGAGUGAGUCCUAAUGUAUUCACCUAUGCAAUUGUAACAGCUGCACUUUGCAGCAUGGGCAGGCUGUCUGAUGCAAUGGACAAACUAAAUGAGAUGAUUGCAAUGGGCUUACAACCGAACAAGGUUGUUUAUCGCUCUCUAAUUCAGGGCUUUUGUACACAUGGUGAUUUGGUGAAAGCAAAGGCCUUGGUUUCUGAAAUGAUGAACAAAGGUAUUCCUCGUCCAAAUAUGGUGUUCUUCAACUCAGUAAUAAACAGUCUAUGCAAGGAAGGAAGGGUUACAGAUGCACACGAUAUCUUCGACUUGGCUAUAAACAUUGGUGAGAGGCCUGACGUUAUUACAUUUAAUUCACUGAUUGACGGAUAUUGUUUAGCCGGGAAGAUGGAUAAAGCAUUCGGAGUACUUGAUGCCAUGGUAUCAGCUGGCAUUGAGCCCAAUGUUGUCACAUACAAUACACUUAUUGAUGGCUAUUCUAGAAAGGGAAGGAUUGAUGAUGGGUUGACCCUAUUCAGAGAAAUGAUGCCUAACAAAAUUAAACCUACAACUGCUACAUAUGGUGCCAUACUUCAUGGGUUGUUUCGUGCUGGCAGAACUUCUUCUGCGAAGAAAAUGUUCAAUGAGAUGAUUGAAAGUGAAACAACAGUGAACAUUUCCAUAUGUGCUAUAAUUCUUGGAGGACUUUGUAGAAACAAUUGCGUUGAUGAAGCAAUUGUCUUGUUCGAGAAAUUAGGUGCAAUGAAUGUGAAGUUGGAUGUUGGAAUAUUCAAUACUAUGAUUAAUGCAAUGUACGCGGUUAAGGGAAGAGAAGAAGCUAAGGAUUUGUUUGCUGCAAUAUCAGCCAAUGGGUUGGUACCUAAUGCGUCUUCUUAUGGUGUUAUGAUAACAAAUCUUCUAAGGGAAGGAUUAGUGGAAGAAGCUGACAAUAUGUUUUCAUCAAUGGACAAGAGUGGUUGUGCUCCUAGCUCUCGUCUGUUAAAUAAUAUCAUCAGAAUGUUAUUGGAAAAAGGUGAGAUAUCUAAGGCUGGAAAUUAUAUGUCUAAAGUUGAUGGAAAGAAUAUCUCACUUGAAGCUUCAACUACUUCACUGCUGCUGUCUCUCUUUUCAAGGGAAGGAAAAUAUCGGGAGCAAAUAAAAUUGCUCCCUGCCAAGUAUCAAUUUUGUGAUGGAUCCAGCCAUAGUUGA